UGAAGUACAUUAUUUAUUGAAACGCCAUUCCACAAGCAACAUGCGUCUUGUUCCGAGCGUUUUCUUUCGGCCUUUCUUUAGAAGGUUCAGUCAUAAGGCAAACUCAAAUUUUGAUCUUCGCGGUGUCUUUGUGCCUAUACCGACUCCAUAUCAGGCGAAUGGCAAUGUUGAUUACGACGCAUUGGCGGCCAAUUUCGAGCGAUGGGAAAAGAUACCAUUUAAAGGUUAUUGUGUAGGUGGGUCAAAUGGCGAGGGCCCUUAUUUAAAAGCAGAAGAAAAAUUGGAAAUGGUAUCAAAAGUCAGGUCAAUGAUCGGCAAAGAUCGUUUACUGAUUGCUGGCACGACUUGCGAAUCCACUAAACUAACGUGCGAGCUAAGUAAAGCAGCUGCAGAUGUUGGAGCAGAUGGUGUCCUCGUGAUGACUCCGUUUUACUUCAAAACUCGAAUGACGGAGGAUUCUAUGCAUGAUCAUUUCAUAUCAGUAGCUGACGCUUGUCCGGCGCCUGUAAUAGUCUAUAACAUGGUACCAGUUACGGGUAUCGAUUUGAGUGUUCAAAUAUUGAAGAAAAUGGCUUUACAUCCAAAUAUAAAAGGCGUCAAAGACAGAGAUAUGGGAAAAUUAGCUUCUUUGGUUAUUGAAACAAAAAAUUUAGACUUUGAAGUAGUCGCCGGUUCGGCCAGUUAUUUAUUGGCCGCAAUGCUUGUUGGUUGUUCUGGUGGAAUUAACGGUCUGGCAGCCGUACUCGGAGAUCCAUUGUGUAAAAUGCACGAGUUGGCCGUUUCGGGUCAAUGGGAGAAAGCAUUGACUUUACAAAAACAACUCGUUAAUAUCGAUCUACUGCUAAUGCAAGAAUGCGGACCGGCCGGUUUAAAGGUUGCUAUGGACCUUUUGGGUUAUCGUGGUGGCCUUUGCCGUUUACCACUGCCACAGAUUGGCGCAGAAAAAAUAAAUAAAAUCAAGUCUGAGCUAAAAAAAGCUGGAUUUUUAUAAUGAUUUUUUAUACUUAAAUAUA